AUGGAUCAGCUUUCGGGUCUCGCUGCCAAGUUCGGUGGUGGUAGCUCCAGCUCCGGUGACAAAAACACCAACACCAACACCAACACCAACCAGUCUGGUCAGGAGGACUACCUUGACAAGGCUCUUGACUUCGCUGAGAAGAAGACCGGUCACUCUUUUGGCCGUGACACCAACGAGAAAAUCACCGACGGUGCCCGCGAGCAGUUCGAGAAGUUCUCUGGCAAGAAAGUCCCUGAAAAGUUCUCCAACUAG